AUGAACGGAUUCAAUGGCUUCGCCAAUGGCUACGCCAACAACACUAAAAAGCUGCGCAAAAACGGCGGCCUUGGCGGGAACAACAACCCCAACAACAACAAUGCCAAUGGCUACGGGAAUCACCACCAGGAAAAUGGGGAAUCUUCAAGAGGAGGAGGAGGAGGUGAAAGUGGCGAAAAUGGUGGUGGUGGCAGUUCAUCACACAAAAAUGGCGGCUACAGCAAUGGCAAUGUUGAUCACCGUCACAAUGGCUCCUCCUCCUCAAUGACCAAUGGUCAUGGCAGUGGAAGCGGAGGAAGUGGGAGUGGCAGCUCUGCCAUGGACUACGAGCCCUCACCUAGCUCGUCGGCGCUAAGCAAGCUAAGCAAGGCAGUCACCUCGCAGCUGGUGGCCAGCAUGGAGAUGUGCUACUUCUGCUUCGACGUCCUCUACGCCCACCUCUACCACAAGAGCUCGCCCUCGCGGCCGACCUUCACCAACAAUCACUUUCCGCUCUUUGUCACCUGGAAGAUUGGCCACGACAAGCGCCUUCGCGGCUGCAUCGGCACCUUCAACGCCAUUCCGCUGCACACCGGGCUGCGCGACUAUGCCCUCUCAAGUGCCCUACGAGACAGCCGCUUCAAGCCGAUUGGCAAGGAGGAGUUCAACAAGCUGCACGUCUGCGUUUCGCUGCUGCUCAACUUCGAAGACGGCAACGACUAUCUCGACUGGGCGGUGGGCGUACAUGGCAUUCGCAUUGAGUUCCGCAAUGAGAAUGGCAGCAAGCGG